AUGAUGAUGCUCUUUGACUACAUCAAGAAGAAGCGCCAAGCGGGUCAAAUAAAUGGCCUCCUGGUAUCCAACAGUCUUGGCCACUUGCGAGCUCCCUUCAAAGAUACCAUUGAAGAGCCUUAUGAGUUGGAGACGAAUCUUCCGAACAAAACGAGCUCCACCAACAGCAUGAAUGCCGUAGCCCAAGGGAUCAUCUUCGACCCGGUGAAGAUACAUGAAUAG